UUUGCUAUUAAACGGCUGAACAUUGUGUAUUCGUACGUUGGUGUACGCGUGCGCGUUCGUGUUUUUUUGUUCGGACGUUCGCCCUAGAGGAUAAACAAUUCUCUUUCUCGAUCUCGAUCUCCCUCACUCUCUCUGUCUCUCUCUCUAUGAGUUACAGAGUUGUUAGUACUCAGUGCUCAGACAGGUAGAUCUUUUCGUGAUCCACCCACGAUGUUUUUGUCCGUAAACGCGUAUUCCGUUCAUUCGGUUGACGAUCAGUUAUAAACGAUAAUUUGUCCCAUUGCUCAAAACAAUAAUUCAAUACAACGAUGGAAUUUCAAACCACAAGAAUCGAGAACAAAGAUCUGUGCAAUGUACUUCUGAAAUGGUUGCAAACAUUACACCUUAAAAGUCCACACCGUACUCUAUAUGAUAUUACUGAUGGUGUUGCUCUAGCUGAGGCAUUAAACCAAAUUGCUCCUGAAUGUUUUGAUGAUCAUUGGUUUUCAAAAAUUAAAAAAGAUGUUGGAAUUAAUUGGAGACUGAAGGUUAGUAAUCUUAAAAAAAUUGUGGGAAAGAUUCAUGAUUUUUAUCAAGAGUGCGACACACAACAUAUGGGAAUUUUUGUGAAACCAGAUGUUUCCAAAAUAGGUGAACAAGAUGAUACUAUAGAGUUAGCUCGUUUAUUACAACUAAUUUUAGGUUGUGCUGUUAACUGUCGAAAUGCACAAAAUUAUAUUACAAACAUUAGAUCAAUGGAUGAAAAUUCCCAAACUGUUAUAAUGCAAUGUAUACAGGAUUUAGAAAGGAUACAAGGACAUCCACAAAGUAUUAUCACUACAAGUAUUGGAGUUGAUAAUGAUCACCAUGAACAAAUUCAACAGCUUAUUGAUGAGCUUCAAGCUGUAACUAAGGCUAGGGAUCAAAUGACUCAACGUUGUCUUGAACUUGACUCGCAAAUAAGCUUAUUACAAGAAGAAAAAACAUACAUUUUAGAUGAAAAAAAACAUUUAGAAGAACGACUUUUAGAAAGUGUUGAGGAUCCAUUAAAAGGUAGUGGUCAGAGAAGGCAGAUCGAAGAACUGAAAGAAGAAUUAUAUAAAGCUGAGACUUCUAGAGAUGACUAUCAGAUUAAACUGGAAACUCAAGAAAGAGAGAUGGCAGAAAUUAAAACAAAGUUUGAAUUAUUACAAGAAACUGCUGGAGAAGCAAGAUUAUUAAAAGACGAAUUAGAUAUUCUUCGUGAUACUGCUGAUAGAGUUGAGAAAUAUGAGUCAACAAUACAAUCCUAUAAAAAAAAACUUGAAGAACUAGGAGAUUUGAAACGGCAAGUAAAGAUAUUAGAAACAAAAAAUAUAGCAUAUAUCCAACAAAAUAUGGAAUUAGAACAAGAAAUUAAAAAAGCUUCUGUUUGGAAAUCUCAAUUAGAAAUGUAUAAAAAGCAAGUUACCGAACUUCACCAUACAUUAAAUGAUGAGACAAACAAAGUUGAUAAAUUGGAAUUUGAAACGAAAAAGCUAUUGGAAAAUUUGAACACUUUACAGAAAGAAAAAGAUAGAUUAGUGAUUGAGAGGGAUUCAUUAAAAGAAGCAAAUGAAGAAUUGAAGUGCUGUCAGACCCAAAUGAAAAAAACCAACACAAUUGAUCAUUCUCAAAUAACCACUGGUGAAGAUAUGGAAUCAGCAAUGGACCUAAAACAAAAAUUAGUAAGAUUACAACAUGAGAAUACUAUGCUAAAAAUGAAUCAAAAAGAACCGGAAGAAGAUAAAAUUUCCGUAUUACAAACUUUAUUGGAUAACACAAGACAACAGUACAAUGAACUGCGUUUAGAUAAUAGGAAAGCAAAUCAAAAGAUAUUGGAAUUGGAAUCUGAAUUAAAAGAACAAAAUGAAGAAAAUAGCGAUGAAUGGAAGUCAAAAAUUAAAGAACUGCAAACUCAACUUCAGUGUGAAAAAGAUACAAGGUCAUUGGACAUAGAAGAAAAAAAUUCUACAAUAUCAGACAAAGAUCAAUUAAUAAAUAUACUGCAAGUAUCUCUUCAUCAGAAAGAUAUAGAAUUACAAGAAUGGGAAGAGAAACAUAAAAAAUUCAUAGAAAAAGCCAAAUCUGUGGUGAAAUGUAUGGACACUAAAAGUGUAUCAUCUGAUAGUGAUAUAAGUGUAUUACAAAGUAGGCUAUUGAAAGCCAACAAAGAAAUAAGUGAUUUAAAGAGAGAACAAGAAAAUUAUAAAGCUUUACAAGAAACUGAGGAAAAAUUAAUAUCUACUGCAUUUUAUAAAUUAGCACAAACCAAAAUGCAAGAAUCAGUUGACCAGAGAGUAAUGAAUCAAGGACUACUCAAUAGCCAAACAUUUUUAUCAAAACAUAGACAACAAACAAAUAAAUCUGUAGAAUUGCCUGUUAUCUCAAAAUCAUAAUUAGUUGCUGAAACUUGAAUUUCUGAAAUAUUGAUUUCGUUUAAAAUUUAUUUUUUCAUUAUAUAAGAAAGAGUUAUAUCUGAUUUUCUUAUAAAAAAUUUACAUUUUUUUAGUGAGUUAAUGAAAAAUAAUUUUAUAUUAAGUGCAUAAAUUUAUCUAUGCUUAUAUUUCGCCAUAGAUAUACUAGUUCUGUUAAAAUUGUGACAUAA